AUGGCGAACGCCAGCGAGUCGGGCGGCGGCGGCGGUGGCGGCGGCGAGGCAGCGGCUCUGGGCCUCAAGCUGGCCACGCUCAGCCUGCUGCUGUGCGUGAGCCUGGCGGGCAACGUGCUGUUUGCGCUUCUCAUCGUCCGGGAGCGCAGCCUGCACCGCGCGCCCUACUACCUGCUGCUCGACCUGUGCUUGGCCGACGGGCUGCGCGCGCUCGCCUGCCUCCCGGCCGUCAUGCUGGCAGCGCGGCGGGCGGCUGCCGCGGCGGGAGCGCCGCCGGGAGCGUUGGGCUGUAAGCUGCUAGCCUUCCUGGCCGCGCUUUUCUGCUUCCACGCAGCCUUCCUGCUGCUCGGCGUGGGUGUCACCCGCUAUCUGGCCAUAGCGCACCACCGCUUCUAUGCUGAGCGCCUGGCAGGCUGGCCUUGCGCCGCCAUGCUGGUGUGCGCCGCCUGGGCACUGGCGCUGGCUGCGGCCUUCCCGCCUGUGCUGGACGGCGGCGGCAGUGGUGACGAUGAGGACGCGCCAUGCGCCCUGGAGCAGCGGCCGGACGGCGCCCCAGGGGCUCUCGGCUUCCUGCUGCUGCUGGCUGUGGUCGUGGGCGCCACCCACCUCGUCUACCUCCGUCUGCUCUUCUUCAUCCACGACCGCCGUAAAAUGAGGCCUGCGCGCCUCGUGCCGGCUGUCAGCCACGACUGGACCUUCCAUGGGCCCGGCGCCACUGGCCAGGCAGCUGCCAACUGGACGGCUGGCUUUGGCCGCGGGCCCACGCCGCCAGCGCUCGUGGGCAUCCGGCCCGCGGGGCCAGGCCGCGGAGCCCGCCGCCUCCUGGUCCUUGAGGAGUUCAAAACAGAGAAGAGGCUGUGCAAGAUGUUCUACGCUGUCACGCUGCUCUUCGUGCUGCUCUGGGGCCCCUAUGUGGUGGCCAGCUACCUGCGCGUGUUGGUGCAGCCUGGCGCCCUGCCGCAGGCCUACCUGACAGCCUCUGUGUGGCUGACCUUCGCUCAGGCUGGCAUCAACCCCGUCGUGUGCUUCCUCUUCAACAGAGAGCUGCGGGACUGCUUCAGGGCACAGUUCCCCUGCUGCCAAAGCCCUCGGGCCAGCCAGGCCGCCCUGCCCUGCGACCUGAAAGGCAUCGGUCUGUGA